AUGCCACCAAGAUACAGCAUAUUCGCCGCCUUUCCGGCCCCUUCGGCUUUUCUUCGACACACGGGGGCCCGUAAAAUUACUAUAAACCCUUCGCCCCCUCGUGGUAGCUUCCCCCGCUUUGCUGAUGCCAUGGAACGCAAUGGCAAGCCCUUCAGCGAAGGGUUAGACGCUCGAUUACAGCUGUUAAGGCCUCAACAGCCCACUGGACAGCCUGGAGCGGCAGAAGAAGAUAAGAGGGUUGCUGAUAACGAACUCAUCAUGACGAACUACAGGUUUGCACAAGGUGAUACCUAUGCGCCGCAUGAUCUGAGUUUCCAAGAGCAAAGGAAGAGGAGGGCAAGGAAGACACCGGCCUUUGAUGCGAUGGACCUGUUGGGAAUCAACCCCAUCAAAGAGUACAGGAACUUUUCGAUGAUGUCGGAAUAUGUCACUGAGUUGGGUCGUAUCAAACACAGUAGUGUGACAGGACUGCGACCGGUAAACCAGAGGAGAAUGGCCAAAGCGAUUCGAAGGGCGAUUGGGUUGGGUCUUAUGCCGGCGGUUCAUAGACACCCUGAGGUUAUGGGGUAUGCUAAACCGGAUAGGAAAUUUAUACCUAAGGAUUGGUAA